AUGGGCAAAUACCUUUGCGUGGCAUGUAUGCUGGCAGUGGUGGUGGUUGUGGGCAUGAGUGUGGAGGCGGAGGCGAGCGUGCGGACUGUCUUUGUCUCGCCAACCGGUUCGGACAGCAACAGCGGGAGCGAGUCAUAUCCGUUUGCCACACUCGGGCAUGCCAUUACCUCUGCUGGCGAGAAUGGAACAGUCAAUGUCCUGGCAGGCGUUUACACUCGCAUUCCGUCCAUUGAUGUCGAUGGCAUUGUCAUCAACGGCUACCCUGAUCUCAAGCCGAGGAAGCAUGUCAUCUCCUUCCUCCACACCUAUCCCUCGCCCGUCCUGUCCAUCUCGGCCAAGCGAGUCAUCAUCAACGGCAUCGGCUUCUCGCAGUCACGCGGGUACGCCGGUACCUACGGCGCUGUUCAUAUCGCCCGCCCGGCCGAGGUCGCCAUGCAGCAAUGUGAGUUCUGGGACAACUCGGUCGGGAUCUCAGUCAUGGGCGGCUCGGUGGCUGUCGGCCAGACCGCGUUCUCCACCAUCCUCUCGGACGGCAAGUCCGGCACGGCGGUGCUCAUGCAGUACGGCGACUUUGGCAACGGCGGCCAGGCCGCGCUUGAAAACGCGGUCGUGUACGGUGGCACGGAUCUGAGCUCGGCCAAGGGGACGGCGGUCAAGAUCUCGGGUGGGCCGGCGACGUUUGAGGCGUUCAACACGGUCUUUGCCAACCUCGCUGCAGUCUCGACCAUGGGCUACAUCAACAAGGAUGUCCAGCUUGUGUUCUCGUCGGCCAACGUGACCGGAACAACCCGUGCGUUCUACGCGUACGGCAUGCAGCAGCCAGGUCGCGGCCAGCUGACCAUCGAGAACUCGGUGGUGGCCAACGGCGGCGGCUCGGACGUCGACGGCCCUGGCGUGUCGGUCGGCUCCGGCGUGACGGCGUCAAUGUCGGUCAUCGACUCGACGCUCGUCGACAACUCGGCGGCCGAUGGCUCGCCGGCGUGGUGCUCUUCCUCCUGCGGCUUUGUUGCCGACAAUGUCUCAUCGCAGCACAACACUGCCAAGUCGCAAACCGGCAAGUGUCCCGGCGUGUAG